AUGGCAACACCUCAAGCUCUUCAUCAUGCCCUUCUUCGACCUUGUGUUUUACAUAUUCUCCGCGCUGCAGGCUAUCACUCAACUCGUUCCUCAGUCAUUGAUACUGUAACUGAUUUAGCCGCUCGAUAUAUGUGCGUACUCGCACAAUCGACAGCAGCACAUGCCGACUUAAAUCAUGCCGAUCUCGAUAUAACGAUUCAAGAUGUACGAAUGGCUAUGCAAGACUGUGGAGCUCUUAUGCCGGAGAAGGCAAUAGAAGAACAGGAGUUCAACGGCGAAGAAGACAUGAGAGGUGUAGAGGGCUUUUUGGCGUGGGUAAGGGGAGAAGGGAAUAAGGAGAUUAGGAGGAUUGCGCUGGCAGAUGGAGGGGAAGACUAUUUAACUGCUCUCAAAAAGAAGCAUAACACAACCGAUGAAGAUUCACGAUAUCAUGGGACAUUGUUGGGGAGACCUUCCGAACCUCGAAUAGUGAAAGUUGAGGGAGGAGAAAUUACAAGCGUCAAGGAGUGGGCAGAUCGAUUAAAAUCAAUACCAAAAAGGAUAACAGAAUCACCUUUUACAAGGGAAGCAUCGUCAGCUUUGAGUUCUGUGGGGGAUCAAGUUAUGGAUAAUAUGGAGUUUUGA